AUGAUGCCAUCGUCGUGGUCCAUCAUGCACGGCCGCUACAUGCCGCAGGAGGUGCUCGGCACCGGUACCUACGGGCAGGUGCUGCGCUGCACUGACACUUUCACCGGGGAGAAGGUUGCCGUGAAGGUGGCUCAUCGAGACGAGGCGUAUCGUCGCUCCGCGAUGAAUGAGAUGCGUGCCCUGCAGCUUCUCUCCCGAAGUGAAGACUCACUGCAGCUGUUGGACUUCUUCGAGGACCACGGAUGCCUAUGUAUCGUGUCUGAACUACUGAGCAUGAAUUUUUACGAGUUGCUCCACACGGGUGGAUUUAGACCACUCCCGCUAGAUGCGGUGCGUGUGAGUGGUGAGUGUGUCUUGAGGGCUCUGACGGAACUGCACCGCGUGGGCUACAUGCACUGCGACAUCAAGCCUGAGAACGUCAUGCUGCGCCACAACAAGACCAGCAGUGGCAACGCGGAAGACUUUACGCGCACGUGCCUUAUCGACUUUGGGGCUGUGCGCCACUUCCACGAAAACACAUACUACGACGUCCAGUCACUGUGGUACCGCGCACCUGAGGUGUUGCUGGGGGUCCCGUACACUCCGUUGAUCGACUCCUGGAGCGUUGGCUGCUUGCUGUUCGAGUUCUACACCGGCAGGCCGCUCUUCCCUGGCGAGGGCCUGCAGGAGCAGCUGGCGUACAUUGUCCACACCGUUGGCUCACCUUCUCUGGAGGCCGUGACGAACGGCGUAAACGUGGCGAAUCUGCAGCUACCGUGUGUGGGAAGGGACAUGAACAUAGAGGAGAGCCUUAGCCGUCUAAUUAUGAAGUAUCGCCACAACUCUGGCGGCGCGCGGAAUUCAUUUCAAUCAGCAGCUGAAGAGGCGGCCUUUGUGAACUUACUCUGCCGGCUGCUGCAGCCAGACGAGAGGCGACGAAUGUCGUGCGCAGAUGCGCUCCACCACCCAUUUUUCACCGCACACCACUCCAAGAGCGGCAUCAAUGCGGGUAUCAAUCUUCAGCCUAUGAGUUCGUGUAGCAGCUGCCCCAUGAUGGCAUGUGACUGCGGGUUUGGCGGUGGUCUUUCUUCUACUUGCAGCGAUGCUCAUAGCGUCAAUUGCUUUGAGCACAGUGUGCCACAUCAACAGCAUCAGCCCCCCCACAGCCAGAGUCCACCUGUGAUGCCCACAGGUUGCAAUUCCGUCCCUUUCGUGACUAUUCGUGGCAGCACACCAGCGGUGGUGGUCGCGGCACCUCAGCUAGCAAGAGCACCCAACAUGGCCGUCUCACCCCCACAUCUGUUUAUACAGGGAGCAGUGUAUAAAAGUCCAACUGCGUCAAUAGCACAGCAAUUCCCCUUCACAACGCGGCAACAGCAACAGCAGCAUCUAAUAAAUACUCCUGUACAGCCGAUGGCUGGCUCGUCUACGAAUGACUUUCAGUCUUUUGUGCCAAUGAUGCGGCAGGGGCGGUGCUGGGGCCCAGCAAUGGCUCCGCCGCAGUACCAGUUUUCGCCGCUGGUUCUUCCCAUGUCGCAAUACAGCCACGACUUAUGCAAUGACAGACCCGUUUACCCACGGAGUGAGGACUUGCUCGUGUACGGAGUCUCCAUUACGAACCAUCCGCAUAGGAUGGUGUACGCCCCGUCGUGA